AUAAUUAUGAAAUUGUGGAAUAUCAUUAGCGACUUUCUUCAUGAGAAUUCGAACCCACCACUGGAUUCAGAAUUCUUCAAUAAGGUUCAUGGUGAAAUUUCAUCGAUGUAUGGCCGGUAUUCCCGGCAAUUAGGUGAAUUUGCGAAGCUAGAGGGUUUGAAAGCACAAGAAAAGCGAAGAAUAAAAGAAGAGAAAGCUAGGAAGAGAGAACUCAGAGGAUAUCAAGGUAAAAUAGCAAAAACGAUAGCUUUCCUAUGGCGGCAUACGUUUGCACGACUAGGGGAAGAUUGGGUUUUUCUCGCUCUUUUAGGAGUCAUUAUGGCUCUAGUGAGUUUUACGAUGGACAGAGGGGUAGCAAUGUGCAAUAAUGCAAGACUAUGGUUGUAUAGAGAUUUGACACAGAAUCCAGUUACCCAGUACCUAGCAUGGGUAUCACUCCCUGUGUUUUUAGUAUUAUUCAGCGCCGGUUUCGUCCAACUUGUAGCUCCUCAGGCAAUUGGUUCUGGGAUACCUGAAAUGAAGACCAUACUUAGAGGAGUAGCAUUGAAAGAGUAUUUGACAUUCCGAACACUUGUAGCCAAAACUGUAGGAUUAACAGCUAUAUUAGGCAGUGGUAUGCCAUUAGGUAAAGAAGGCCCUUUCGUCCACAUAGCCAGCAUAUCCGCUACCUUGCUCAGCAAACUAGUCACAGGCUUCCAAGGCAUUUAUGAGAACGAGAGCAGAACCACGGAAAUGCUGGCUGCAGCCUGCGCUGCCGGUGUUGCCAGUUGUUUCGCUGCACCUGUUGGAGGAGUAUUAUUCAGUAUAGAAGUAACGACAACUUACUUUGCUGUCCGCAACUAUUGGAGAGGAUUUUUCUCUGCAGUAUGCGGAGCCACGAUCUUUCGGCUGCUAGCCGUGUGGUUCCAAAAAGCCGACACUGUCACUGCUGUGUUCAAAACGAACUUCUUCAUGGACUUCCCGUUCGAUCCCCAGGAGCUGUUCGUUUUCGCUUUGAUAGGAGCUUUCAGCGGAUUAGGUGGAGCUUUUUACGUGUGGGUCCACAGACAAUAUGUGAUAUUUAUGAGGAACAGCAAGACGCUUAAUAAUUUUUUCAAGACAAAUCGCUUUCUCUACCCCGGGAUCGUAUCUCUCGGCGUUGCCACGUUGUCGUUUCCGCUGGGCACUGGCCAAUUUUUCGCUGGCGAUUUGAACAAUCACGACCAAGUGUCAACCCUGUUCAGCAACUUCACCUGGACUGCCGAUGACUUGACGACGGCCGAGGAGAGCGUUCUCAGUCAUUGGAAGAGCCCUUACACCGGGGUGCUGGUGAAUCUGGUGUGCCAUAUACUUUUCAAUUUUGUUACAUCUAUAGUAUGUUCUACAGUACCAGUGCCCAGUGGCAUCUUCAUACCAGUUUUCAAAAUAGGAGCAUGCUUUGGAAGAAUAAUAGGAGAAUUAAUGCACAUGUGGUUCCCGACAGGCAUGAGGUAUGGUGGAAAAAUCGCCAAAAUCAUCCCAGGAGGCUACGCCACUGUCGGAGCAGCGGCUUUCAGCGGGGCAGUCACCCACACCAUAUCCGUGUCGGUGAUUGUUUUCGAGAUGACAGGACAAAUCACCCACAUUAUUCCCAUGAUGAUCGCCGUGUUGAUUUCCAACGCGAUCGCCAGUCUGCUGGCUCCCAGUAUUUAUGACAGUAUCAUAUUGAUCAAGAAGUUGCCGUAUUUGCCGGACUUGCUUCCGAGCAGUAGCGGUAUCUACGAUAUUUACGUAGAAGACUUCAUGGUCAGAGACAUAAAGUACAUUUUCUACGGUAUGACUUACGAUAACCUCAAAUCGGUUUUGAAGGAGAACAGGAAACUCCAGAGCUUCCCCUUGGUGGACAAACCGGAAAGCAUGGUUCUCCUCGGGUCCAUAAGGAGAAUGCACCUCAUUCAACUCAUAGAGAAGAACAUUGGUAGAGAAAAAAGAUUGCAGGAAGUUGCUAUUAGACGAAAAGUAGCUGAGGAUAAAGCGCGAGAAGAGGAACUCAAAAGGGCAGAGGAAAGAAGAAGACGACCUUCACGGUUUCAAGUGGUUCCAGCUCUCGAUGUUCUACAAAGACAAAUGUCUGAAAAUGAGCUAGAUAAACCUAUCUGCAAUCCUGUUUAUGGAUCUCAACCAAGAAAAUCUAUCCUGAAGAAAACCAACUCGCUUAAGGGAAUUUCUCCCUUUUCCACUAGUCCAAAUGCUACACCGUAUACUACUGUCACGGGUGCAGAAAAUAGAAUAAGAAUUGCCUUCGAUGCCAUAUUUAGGAAAUCCAGUCAGCUUCAAGACGUUGAUGUCGGUAGCAGUCAACUGUUGAGAACCAAAUCCCUGGAGCGAAAACCCCAAAUCAUUCCGAUCAGCCCAACAAGUUUGAAGAAAGUUCAACUGCCGAAAGAACGAGUAUGUGACAUGAGUCCAGAAGAUCAGAAGGCAUGGGAAGAAGAGCAAAUGGCCCAACCGGUCCAAUUCCACUGCCAUAUUGAUCCGGCACCAUUCCAACUGGUGGAAAGAACAUCUUUGCUGAAGGUUCACUCUCUCUUCUCCAUGGUGGGGGUAAACCAUGCCUACGUGACUGCUAUCGGUAAACUAGUAGGAGUUGUGGGUCUCAAAGAACUGAGGAAAGCUAUCGAAGACGCGAACGCCGGCAAUUUUCCAGAAUCUAGUCUGGAAAGAAAUGGAAAUGUCAAGGAAACGGAUGGGAGCGGUAAAGAACCUGAUGUCAAUACCAAGUUGAUGGUCGGAGAUUCUCAGGUGUAA